AAAUAGAGAGGAACCAGUCAAAAGCAACAUCAUACAGACAUACCGAUUUACUCGAGUACCGUUCGGGUUAACAUCCAGUCCAUUUCUCUUAGUAGCAACGCUGAGGAAGCAGUUAAAGCAAGAGAAUACGGAAACAGUGAAGGAAAUUUUGAAUAACUUGUACGUGGAUAAUGUAAUGUUAAGAGCCAAGUCAGUAAAAGAAGCAGCGCAGAAGUACAGCGAAACGAAAGUAUUAUUCCAAAGUGCUAAGAUGAUUAUUCGCGAAUUCGUCAACAAUUGUCAAGAAGAUUACAAGAAAUCUGAAUUACUUUUACUGCAACAAGCACAAACAAAAAGUAUCAGUGAAGAAGAGAAAUGGAAAUGGGAACUUGGCAGAGAUGAAAAUCAAAUUUGGAGAUGCAAUGGACGAAAUCGUUCUGGAGUCAGUACAACCGUGCAGAACAGUUGUUACGAAAAGGAAAAUCUUACACUUCAUAGCAUCAAAUUUCGAUCCACUUGGAUAGAUCACUUCAGUGUUGAUACCACUAAAAUGCUUUCUCCAGAAUUUAUGGAAAAAGAAUCACCAGUGGGAUAAAG